CUCAACAACCCUCCGGUGCUCGUGAGCUGCCAUAAACGAAAGCUUCAUUCAAAAUGAAAUCCCUCCUGAUUGUUGCCUGCAUCCUGGGGGUGGCUGUCUGUGCUCCUGCAAAGAAAAAAAAACAUCAGGUCUACAUGGAGUUUGACAUCAUUCACGCUCCGCUUGAGGCAGCUGAGUAUAUUCCUGCUGGAGCCCCAGUCGGAUCUCUUGAUGUUCUGCUCCCAGUUGAUGCCAAUGGAAGGCCUAUUACAGGAUCUGUUCGAGGCUUCAUCAAGCAGGAGAUCCCCCGACCAAACGGCAAAGGGUCGAAGGACCUGUACAUCCCCUAUGGUUUUGAAGUGCCACCCCCUGCUGCCCCUGUUGCUCCUGUGGCCCCUGUUGCCCCAGUCGCUCCUGCUAUACCCAUUGCUCCAGUUGCCCCUGCUGCUCCUGUUGCUCCCGCUGGCCCUCUUUUACCGGUGGUUGCUGCAAGUACCCCUGCUGUCAAACCCGCUGAAGAUGACGACGAAGAGGAAGACUAAAAAAUUUGAGUCAGCAGGACGUGCACAUGUUUGUGCAUGGGCAGAUGAAUAUUUCAAUAAGACCCGCAGCCCGCCUUGCAGAAAGUGGACCCCCACACUGCUGUUUCCUAAAGUAUGACAAAUAUGGGGGUAUCAUGUCUUUGAAAAGAAAAUUGUGCUUUGUAUUUCUUUAGGCAGAUUGUGCUUUGCUUUUCAAAAGGAGAAAGUGGAAAAAGUGCUUUGUUUCAAAAUAAAAUAAAAAUAAAAAUGCUAUGUAGCAACGCA